AUGAUACCUAAAACCGAAAAGGACAAUAAGAAUAUUGAGAAAGCCAGGGCCCUCCAGAAUCGUUUCUGGGGAGAGGAAUAUGAACGAAUGAUAUCGGGGAUGCUAUACAACCCUCUAGGCCCCGAACUCAUAGAGGGAAGGUCUAGAGCAAGACGUUUGAUGACUACAUUCAAUGCACCUGUUUCAUCGGAAGCCCCCGAAUCGCAAGUAGUCUCUCAGCGAGAAGACAUACUUCGAGAACUCUUUGGACGUGUUGGGCAAGGAGUAUAUAUUGAGCCUCCGCUCUUCGUAGACUACGGUUGCAAUAUCAGUAUAGGCACCGGUUUCUAUGCCAACUUCCAUCUCACUGUCCUGGACUGCGGCCUAGUUUCUAUUGGGAAUGACGUUAUGAUUGGUCCUAAUGUCAACAUCAUUACAGGAGAACACGAGACAGGGAUCAAAGAGCGAAAGGCACAUAAAGGGUUGGAGUUUACGGAACCUAUUGCCAUUGGCGAUGAUUGCUGGAUUGGAGCGAAUGUGACGAUCCUGGCUGGAGUCACUAUUGGCCAUGGAUCUUCCAUCGGUGCUGGCUCCGUGGUAAAACGGGAUAUACCAGCCUUGAGUGUUGCAGUGGGUAGUCCCGCUCGAGUUAUUAGAUCGGAAUAA